AUGGUAAAAAGGUUUCAAACUAACCCAUCUGAGUUGCACUUGAAUGCAGUAAAAAGAAUCAUGAAAUAUGUUUCAAGUAUGUGUGAAUUUGGCCUUUGGUACUCAUUUGACUCUAACAAUUACUUGGUUGGAUAUAAUGAUGCGGAUUGGGCAGGAAGUUUGGAUGAUAGGAAGAGUACUUCGGGUGGAUGUUUCUAUCUUGGAAACAAUCUUGUCAGAUGGAAGAAAGCAUUGGAGGACCCAAUGAGAAAAGCAAGGGAAGAAUCUCUAAGGAAGGGAUACUUGACACUGAAAAAGGCGAAACUGCUUAGCCAAAUGCCGACGAAAAUCCCUACUCCUCUAGCGAGUGAUUCAGAUUCUGAAGAGGGAAGUCAAGCAGAUGAAUCAAACCACUCAACCACCCCUAGUUCAUCCCUUGUUUCUAGUGAUCACCAAAACUCAGAACGCUGA